GACUCAAAAAGCACCGUAAUCAUCCAAUAAAUUCAGGAAAUUAAUCACACGUUCGUCUUUUUAUUACGUCCAAGGUGUAUAUCGGAACCAUGUCGACUAUCCCCAAGGCACGACAGAGCAACAUCACAGGGUUAACCGUCACGCCCGAAAAAUGGGGCUCGCACCCCGAACUAUCACGCUCAACCAUCAAAAACUGCACAUUCAAGAAUCUCGAUUCAGCCACCAAAAUCAGCCGCUCAACAAUAUCAGAGUCAUCAAUCUUCUAUGAAAUAUCAGCAAUGAAGCCGAAAAGGGGAACGGUCAUUGAACGUUCUACAGUUGACAAUAGUCGCGUAUCCUAUUCCUCAACUGUGGAUCGCUCUGAGGUUAAUGGCUGCUCGAUCACGGAGUCGGCGCUAGACAGAAGCAAGUUUCAUAACUGCACCGUCUCAGCAGGGAGUAACGUCGAGCGCACAGAGGCCCAUGCAAGUACUUUUACUGGCGCGAAGGCGGUGUCUCGCUCUGUGGUGAAUAAUAGUGUAGUCAUGGGCCUGAGCACGGUUGAAAGAAGCAAGGUCAAGGAUAAUUCUGUUGUCACCGAUAAAUCUGUCGUUGAACGGACGGACUUGAUAAAUGCAGUUAUUACGAGGAGUCGUGUGGAGCGAGCGACUAUAAAAGAUUGCGAUGUCACGGAUUGUAUAAUCGAGAGGACGGAUUUUACGGGGAUGAUUUUGAGGUAUGGCAUUUGGAAGCGUGGGGAUUUGGUGGGGAGAACGUCUACGAAGCAUGAGGUUGUCAUUAAACCGAGACAGAAGUCCGGGGCGUCGAAUGCAAGAGGUGUGUCGUUGCCAGAGCAAUCUGUACAGAAUCCGGGGCUGGGAUGGAAGGCUACUGAAGCGGGGGCGGAGAGAGUUGUGGACGAUGAAGAAUCGUCACCGGAUGACUGGGAUGAUCUGGAAGAGUCAGAGUCUGACGAGAUAUCUGAUCCAUCUUCGAUGCGGAAAAUGAAACAGACUCGGACACAAAAUACUACUCGUCAAACGUCGGCAGCAGGGUUUGGAGCAGAUUCCAAUGAUCCUCCGCCGCCCUAUGAGCAAUAGCCUCUGCAGGGCUCAAUAUGGCUUCAGUGACUCUACCUCCUGGUUGGUGCUUCGGGCUUUUAUGACAGAUAUCCGUUUCUUCAGUGUAAUAGUUUGGUAUAUAGUACUUUAUUCCGUGGGUCCUGUUCUUAUGACAUCAACAGCAUCUACACAUAUAUUACGCCCUUUCU